CCGGAUAAAAGGCAGAAAAUCAUCAUCAUUAAAAAUAAUAACAGUGAGAAUAUGCAAAUGUGGUGGUGAUGCUGUUGCUGCUGAUGCAGUUGCGGUUUUGUAUAAAAUCUCACACUCGGCACAAAAACAAAAUCGAACACGGCAAGCCGCCCGCCUUCCGUUCGGUUUGGUCAACGGAACAUAAUUGUCACAUAAAAACGUCGAUUUGUGCAAAUUUUUUUCGUUCGCGACUAUAAAUAAGCUCGGCCGACAUCCAAUUUUGCGCUGUUCAAACAUAACGACGACAACGAAUCAGUUCAUCUCAGAGGGAAUUCCCAUUUCAAACAAGUCCAUACGAGUGUAUAAUUGAAAUUCGCAAGUAGUUUCGCGAAGUGUAAGCGUUUUUUAUAACAGAGAUUCAAGUAUUGUUUGGAUUUAAAAGAGAAAGAGAGAGAGAGAGAGAGAGAGAGAGAGAGAGAGAGAGAGAGAGAGUUUAAAAACCGUAAACCAAAUGCCAAUCACACACAAAGCAACAUUGCCAUUAUGUCGACCAGGAGAGCCGUCAUUUAUGCAAAAAAUGAAUUGCCGAUUUGAUAUUCCAGCCGAUCAUUUGCCUCCAAGGUAUAAAGACCUCGGUGUUGAUAUACUUGAACGGUUUAACGAUGAGAACGUUCACAAAUUGCCGGUCAAACCAAUUGUGUAUCCGAAUUUGGAAUUUUUGAAAACUUUCGAGAAAAAUGCCAAUUUCUCCACAUUCAUUCCACAGCAUAUGACAUAUGCAAAAGCAUUGAUGAAAAUUUUUGAUUCGGCCAAAGAUUUGGAUGAACUCAUAUCGCUCGCAUUGUACUGUCGUGAUCAAGUCAAUUCGCAAUUAUUCAUUUAUGCAUAUUUUGUUGUGCUAACGCAUCGUUAUGACACUGAUAACAUUGAAUUGCCACAAUUAUUUGAAAUUGCGCCACAUCGAUUCUUCAAAAAAAGUACCUUGGUCGAAGUACGCGAGAAACAACACAGUUCAGCUGUGGCAAAGCGCAACAGACGACAGGCCAAUACUGAUGAUGAGCCAUCAAUUGAAGUUCCGUUUCGUGGCACGAUGUCAGUGUCAAAUGUGGAGGAAAAGCUGGCAUUCUUUCGUGAAGAUAUUGGAGUGAAUAGUCACCAUUGGCACUGGCACGUUGUCUAUCCAGUUGAUGCAUCCAAUCCAGUAUACUUUGACAAAGAUCGACGCGGUGAACUUUUCUAUUAUAUGCAUCAUCAAUUAUUGAACUGGUAUGACUGCACACGAAUGGCGUUGGGAGUUCCAAUGGUUUUGCCAUUUGAUAAUUUCCAGAAACAAAUCAAUGGAGGAUACUUUCCGAAUAUGACAACCGCUUCAUCAUCUUUUAUCAUUCCACCGCGUCCACCGGGAUUUAUGCAGGACCUGCACAGCGAUAGCAACGGUGUAAAUCUGAAAGUAGCCGAUUUAGAGCGAUGGUACCAACGAUUUCAUGAAGCUAUUGACAAUGGAUUUUGUUUCGAUUCACAAGGGAAUAGGAUAGACUUGAUCAACGAUGGAGGCAUUGAUAUUUUGGGGAAUAUGGUCGAAGCGAAUGCUUUAUCGAAGAAUUACGGAUAUAAUGGAAAUCUCCACAAUUCCGGACAUGUAAUGACAUCCUCCAUGCACGACCCGGACGGAAAACAUAAAGAGCCACCAGGUGUUAUGGGUGAUACGACGACUGCAAUGCGCGAUCCAUUAUUUUUUCGAUGGCACAAAAUGGUUGAUCAGCUCUUUACUAAAUUGAAAGAUCGCUUGCCGCCAUACCAAGAGGCCGAUUUGCAAUUCAAGGACAUCACAAUUAAAUCACUUAACAUUCUGGAUGGAUCGAAUCAAUCGACCGAACAGUUGAUCACAUUUUGGCAGAAGAGCACGGUCAACUUACAAAAUGGCUUAAAUUUUCAUCGGUCCGAACCCAUUCUCGUCACCUUCACGCACUUGAACUAUCAACACUUUUCAUACCUGUUUGAAGUUGAGAAUGGAAACUCGGCGCCUGUCGAUGGAACCGUUCGAAUCUACUUACUUCCGAUAAAAAGUGACAAAGGUGAUCCGUUGCUGUUUGCAGGAAGUCGAAAACUAGCGAUGGAAAUCGAUCGAUUCCAAGCCACAUUUCCACCGGGAACGAGCAAAUUGAUGCGAAAGUCAAUCGAUUCAUCGGUGACAAUUCCAUAUGAUCGAACGUUUCCCAUGCAACGUGACGAAAACGUUUUUUUGUCAGACCAACCAGAAGACGUUCAAACCAUUUGCAUGUGCGGUUGGCCACAGCACAUGCUAUUGCCCAAAGGACCGGAAGACGGGUAUCCUUAUCGGAUUUUUGCAAUGAUUUCCGAUUACAAGUUUGAUAAGGUUGAUCAAGAACCUUCAAAUGGUGUUUGUAACGAUAAUUACAUAAUGUGUGGUCUACGAAAUCGAAAAUAUCCCGAUCGUCGCCCACUUGGUUUUCCAUUCGAUCGUCCAGCUGCCGAUGGCGUGACGACUGUUGAUGACUUUGUGUCUUACUUCAACAAUAUGAUUGCAAAACAAAUCACCAUACGUCAUCUCAAUGAAAAUAAGGCGCAAGGCGGCGAUAACAAAACAGUGAAACUUUGAGAGAAAGAAAGAAGAAAGGAAUAGAGAAAUAGAGAGAGAGAUAGAGAGAUAAAAAUAACAACAAUGGCACCAUUCUAUUUCAAUCAUUCUCUCACUUUCAUUUCCUAGCAAAAAAAAGAACUUAAGCAUUAAGUGUUCGUAUUGUAUGUAUUUAUGUUUACUAAAAUUUAUGGCAAUAAUAUUUUCCAAAUAAAUGGAAUAUCAGCAAAA